AUGAGGACUCCUGACCCCUGGUCCCCUCAGCCUGGUCUAACCCAUCCCACACCUCUACAUCCGAAGAUCCUACUGGGCACGGUGGUGGUGCUAACUGGAGACUCUCCUCACCUGGUGGUAAUGGGAGAUGCCACUUUCCUGCUGUUGUUUGGCUUUGCCAACCUACACAAGAGCCAGUUUGCAACACCGACCAUUAAGAGAUUUCUGACACGUUCACCAGCAGACAGGUUUUUGUACCAGUCUUUCUCACUGUGUGGAGGAUGGAGCUACCUCAUCUUUGGUCCUGGGACUAAACUGUAUGUAACAGAUGAGCAGGUGGUGAAGCCCGUGGUGAACGUCUGCCCCAUUGAAUCCAACGUCCACAAGGAGGGGAAGAGCUCCCUGCUGUGUCUGGCCUCAGCCAUGUUUCCUCCUCUGGUCCAGUUCUCCUGGAAAAGACAGAAGGAGGACGGCUCUCUGGAGGAGCUGCUCCCUGCUGAGGGACAGUUCAGAGGGUCCAGACAAUCCGCCGUCAUCAGAGUGGUUGAUGGUGAUGCUCUCAGCAGAUAUAAAUACAUCUGCUACGUCAAGCAUGAGGGGGGAACAGUGGAGGCCCAAACACAACAAGAGGUUCCUGCUUCUCCUCCACCACCUCCUCCUCCACCUGCUUCUCCUCCACCAGUUCAUGCAACAACUCCUCCACUUCUGCAGGAAGAAAUAUUUCCACCAUCUGAUCCAGCUGCAACCUCUGUUCCUGUUCUCCACCCUGUGAAGCUGUCAGUGUCCUUCCAGUCUGAGUUGAGGGUGAAGCUGCUCUUGCUGCUGUCCACAGUGCUGAUAGUGAAGAGUCUGGUGUACUGCUGUGGACUCUCUCUGCUGAUGAUCCUCAGAAACAAGGGACCGUCCACCAACUGCACACAUGCUGACUGACUGUUUCCUGCUGGACUUUUCUCUCCAUCAAAUCUCAUCAAUUCACCUCAUUCAUCACUUUGAUCAGGAUUCACAAAUGUUAGUUAUGACAUGUUAGAAACUAAAUGAAGCUGAAUUAUUAGCUGCCUUGUAGAUAUUUCCACAUUUAUCUUGUUUUUCUUUUUAAUCUCCUGUAUCUGCACAGUGUGGUAGGUUCUCCACAUUAACUCACUCAGAUAAUCUCAAUAAAGUGUAAAACAGG